AUGAUUAUCUUUGUUUCAGAAGAGCCUGAAAGAAGGUUAGCCAUUGUGUCCAACUCAUUUGCUCUUGUUCUUAAACCAGUGGGAAAAAAACUAUCAGAUAAACCCCUUUGUGCUAUUGAACUUCUUCAAAAGGACGAUUUGAAAAAAUACGGUUUCAAAAGACUGACCUCGCAUGAGAUCUUUGGUGUCAUCGGUCUAAUCGAAGUUAAUGGCCUGUUGUUUGUAGGUGCUAUCACUGGUAAGUCGAAAGUUGCACAGCCAUGUCCAGGAGAGACAGUGAACAAAAUUUUUGCCGUUGAUUUCUUCUGUUUGAAUGAUAACAGCUGGGACUUUAUUGAUGUCGACUCCUCAGGCUAUCCUGUACAACCUGAGACCGCUUCUACGGAAUACCAAGAAGCUUUGCCCAAACACCCAUGUUACGAAUUGAAGAAGCUAUUAUCUAACGGGUCCUUCUAUUACAGUUCAGAUUUUGAUUUGACAUCUACCUUACAACACCGUGGAUUUGGCCAACACUCAUUGAGUACGGAUACCUAUGAAGAAGAAUAUAUGUGGAACUCUUUUCUAAUGCAAGAAAUGAUAACCUACAGAGACCACUUGGAUAUUAAUUUGAAACAAGUCUUGGAUGAUGAAGGGUUUUUAACUACCGUUAUUCGCGGAUUUGCAGAGACGUUUGUCUCUUAUGUUAAAAAAUUGAAAGUUGCCGUUACCAUUAUCUCGAAACAAAGUUGGAAAAGAGCAGGAACAAGAUUUAAUGCACGUGGUGUUGAUGACGAAGCAAAUGUUGCUAAUUUUGUGGAAACAGAAUUCAUAAUGUACUCCAGCCAAUACUGUUAUGCAUUUACACAAAUCAGAGGCAGUAUACCUGUGUUCUGGGAACAAGGCACCUCUCUGAUCAACCCGAGGGUACAAAUUACUAGAUCAUUUGAAGCUACUCAGCCAGUGUUUGACAAGCACAUUAUGAAGUCAGUAGAAAAAUACGGCCCCGUUCACGUUGUCAACCUGUUAUCAACAAAAUCUUCAGAAAUAGAACUUUCAAAGCGAUACAAAGAGCAUCUAACGCACUCAAAAAAGUUGAAUUUCAAUAAAGAUGUAUUCUUAACAGAGUUCGAUUUUCACAAAGAGACUUCUCAGGAAGGGUUUUCCGGUGUUAGGAAAGUUAUUCCACUAAUAAUGGACUCUCUUCUUUCAUCUGGCUAUUACUCCUAUGAUGUCCGAGAAAGAAAAAAUAUAUCCGAGCAACACGGUAUAUUUAGAACUAAUUGUUUAGAUUGUUUGGAUAGGACAAAUUUAGCUCAGCAGGUCAUUUCGUUAGCUGCUUUAAGAACUUUUCUAGAAGAUUUUAGAUUGAUUAGUUCAAACUCCUUCAUUGAUGACGAUGAUUUCGUUUCCAAGCACAAUACCCUCUGGGCGGACCACGGUGAUCAGGUCUCCCAAAUAUAUACUGGUACCAAUGCUUUAAAGUCUUCAUUUUCAAGAAAGGGUAAGAUGUCACUUGCCGGGGCCUUAUCAGACGCAACAAAGUCUGUCAGCAGAAUAUAUAUCAACAACUUUAUGGAUAAGGAAAAGCAGCAGAAUAUUGAUACUUUGUUGGGAAGGUUACCAUACCAGAAAGCAGUACAAUUAUAUGAUCCUGUGAAUGAAUACGUCAGCACCAAGCUACAGAGCAUGUCUGAUAAAUUUACAUCCUCCUCGAACAUCAGCUUGCUAAUAGGUUCUUAUAAUGUUAAUGGGACCACCAAAAAAGCAGAUUUGUCAAAGUGGUUAUUUCCGAUAGGCGAAAAAUUCAAACCAGACAUCGUUGUGUUAGGUCUUCAAGAAGUUAUAGAAUUAUCUGCUGGAUCGAUUUUAAAUGCGGAUUACUCGAAGAGUUCAUUUUGGGAAAGUUUAGUUGGUGACUGUUUAAAUCAGUAUGAAGACAAGUACCUAUUGUUGAGAGUAGAGCAAAUGACAUCUUUAUUGAUCUUAUUUUUUGUUAAAGCAGAUAAAGCCAAAUACGUAAAGCAGGUAGAAGGGGCUACCAAAAAGACAGGUUUUAGAGGUAUGGCCGGAAACAAAGGUGCUGUAUCCAUUAGAUUUGAGUAUGGUGCCACUUCAUUUUGUUUUAUCAACUCUCAUCUUGCAGCAGGUGCCACAAAUAUCGAAGAACGUCGUAGUGAUUACGAAAGUAUUGUCAGAGGCAUUACAUUUACAAGAACUAAAAUGAUUCCUCAUCACGACUCUAUAUUCUGGUUAGGCGACAUGAACUAUAGAAUAAAUUUACCGAACGAAGACGUUAGAAGGGAACUUUACAACYAAGAAGAGGGAUAUAUCGAAAAACUGUUGCAUUUUGACCAGCUCACUCAAGGAAUAAAUGCCGGUAAUGUCUUUAAAGGGUUUAAAGAACCAACAUUAAAAUUCCGUCCAACAUAUAAGUAUGACCCAGGUACGGAUACUUAUGAUUCUUCUGAAAAGGAAAGAACACCAUCAUGGACGGAUAGAAUCAUUUACAAAGGGGAAAACUUACUUCCUUUAUCUUAUUCGGAUGCUCCUCUAAUGACGAGCGAUCACCGCCCGGUCUAUGCGGCAUAUAGAGCGAAAAUAACUUUUAUUGACAAUAAAGAGAGACUGUCCCUCAAGAAGCGUUUAUUUACUGAAUAUAAACAAGAGCACCCAGAAGAGCCAGGUUCUUUGAUAUCAGAACUUCUCAAUCUUGAUAUAGAUGACAAGAGCACCGAUAGGCUUGGAAGCCCUUCCGAAGCCUCUUUACUGGAUAUUGACCCGAUAUCAACACAACCUACAGCGUCCAGCUCCGCUUCUCCAUCAUCUGUUUCUUUAACAUCAGCUUCGCUACAAUCCAUCAGAACUCAAGAUAAUAACCAGACGCCCACUUCUGUCAAAAAACCAAUAUUACGUCCCCCUCCUCCACCUGCUCAUAAAUCUGUGUCACCACCUGCUUCUGCAACAGUAGAGGGAAAGGCAAUACCACCACAGGCCUCAUCAGCCCCAAUAUCAUCUCCAGGAAAUAUUAUACAAGAGAACAAACCGUUGGCACAAAAUAGACGAAUCCCGCCUCCUGGAUUUAGCCAAAAUAUUUUAACUCCAAAAAGUACGAGUAAUUUGGCCUCACCUGCGUCAUCUAAAAUUGAUCUAAAUAACAACGUGGUAGAAACUACGCAUCCGACGCAAGCUACAAGACAACUGACUCCUACAUCAUCAUUUUCAAUAUCGAUGGAUGCGAAUAAUCAGUCCAAGGGCUUACAAUCUAAUGAAGCUUCCAUUAAACCGGAGACAAAAGCCAAACUGAACCACAUGACUUUAGAUUCAUGGCAACCAUUAACUCCUAAAUAA